AUGACUGGCGGAAAGUUGCAAGACUUGUGGGCUUUGAGAUCAAAACGUAUGGUCUCUUCCCUCACUCACAUUCACAAGUAUUUGACAGGAUAUAUUUUUUGUUUUGGAUACCUAGUUUACAAAUCUUACGAGCAUUUUCAAACAUUUAGAUGGUUGGGAGGAACAAUGGAGUUCUCUCCAAGCACUCUUGAAAAAUUUAAAGAAUUAUUUCCUCUAGAAUUUGAGCUGAUAUCUAAAUUGAAAAGAAUACGAGAUUUGUCAUUCAAUGUUUUUGCCCCAGCUGGUUUAGGUUUAGGGUUAUCCUUUUUAUAUCCAUGGUAUUUUCGUACUCCUCAACUGCAUCAUGUGAGCACACAAACAGUACUAACAAGAGGUUUUAAAGUUAUUUAUUUUUCAUUGGUCUCUGCUAUGGUGGCUGGAUACUUGCCAUUUUUGUAUGCUUACAAUAAUAUUGCUCCCAAGCAUAUGUGUGAAGAAGCAGCAUUACAUUUCUACUCAUUCAGCAUGACACAGAAAGACAAGGAUUGGACGAAACGGCUGGUGGUGUCUCGUCACGGCAUUAAAGCACAUCCCUUUCAAGACUUUAAAGAUUGA